AUGCAACGCCUGCAGCGCAUGUUGCUGCCGCGGAGCUGGUCAUGGACGGGCACGGUUCACUUCGCGCUGGUUGUGUUUCUUGCAGCCGGCUUGGCUGCGGGGGAGCACGUGACCGUCGAUGGACCAGUGAUCGGAAUUGACUUGGGCACCACGUACUCUUGCGCAGCGGUUUUCAAGAGUGGAGCAGUCGAGAUAAUACCAAGCAGUGAAGGCAGCAGGAUUAUGCCCUCUUCAGUGGCGUUCACACCAGGAAAAGAGGUGCCUCUGAUUGGCGAGUCUGCAAAGGAUCUUGCACUUUCAUCCCCUGCCCAGACACUGUCCAAUGUCAAGCGGUUGAUUGGCCGCGACUACAAGGACGCAGGCGUGCAGCGGGACAGUAAGAUGAUGCCCUUCAAGGUUGUUGCCCACUCCGAUGGCAGCGCUGCCAUCAGCGUGGCUGUCGACGGCCAGGCUAAAGUUCUGAGACCCGAAGAGAUCUCGGCCCUUCUGCUCAAAGAACUGACGGAUCGUGCCCAGAAGUACUUGGGCAGAGAAGUCAAGCAUGCU